AAAAAAAAAAAAGAUGGAUUUUGCUUUACUAAACAUGUCGGAAUUACCAUCUGAAAUUCUAAAUAUUGUAUACAAACACUCAAGUGACAAAGAUGUUUUACAAUGUGCUCUGACCUGCAAAAGAUGGAAAGAAAUUGCAUUAACACAUUACUGCAAUAGUCUGUCCAUCGACGCUAGCCGAGUUUUACUAACAAAGAAACUGCUUCAAUUAGACCCCAGAGAACGCGAUCGUUACUUUCAAUACGGCACUUUCACAAAAAAAAUUGUUGUUCAUAGAGAUGAUAGUUAUUUCUUAACCGGUGAUUUCAGCGAUACAUCCCUUUACUAUACAAAGGCAGAAUGGAUUCUGCUUUUGAAAUACCUACCAAACAUACAAGUUCUGGAUUUGCUUGAGACUAGGAACUACCUCAAAUAUAUGAAAUACAUCCUAAGCUGUACGGAAUCCGACAAAAUACUGCAUAAAAUUAGGACCAUCAUAGUGGCUGAUAUCAGAAGCCAAAUGGGUGACACCAAGGUUCACAAUGAUAUUUACUUUGCCGUUUGCUACAAGUAUCAUGCAACCAUUACCACGUUAGAAGUUGAAUACGAUUCCAAGUCGUUUAAUUAUGGACCUAUUAACGGCGAUAUGCUUACGAUGUUAUAUCAUUUCAACAGCUUGACUCAUUUGACGUUGAGCAAUAGUUGUGAUGACCAGUUAACUACCUUUGAUAUUAUGGAUGCCUUUCCCCAUUUAGUAUCAUUAGACUACAAGAGCGAACACUGUAUUCCAGAAUUUACUGUAAAGAAUAUCCUUGGUGGUGAUACGAACCGCAAGAGGUUGAAUAAUAGUUUUAAGGAAUUAUAUUUGACGAUCCCAACUGUUUCAACGCAUUAUGCUAAUUACCUCAAAGACUAUGUGGCACCGCAUUUGGAUGUCCUGAAACUGACAAUCCGUAAUAUGGAGAUAUUCGAUUGGGUCAAAAGAUUUGGACUUUAUAAUGCUGUAGAGUUUUUACGCAGUUUAAGUAAGGUUAAAACGGCUAGUAUCAAUUGGGAACCUGAGGAACACGAUGUUAGACUUAUUAAUACAAGCACGGAAUCCAAAGCCACAGUUUUCUUUACACUGCUUAACGCAAUGAUAAGAAACGAAAAUAUGCGCUGUCGAGCAGAGUAUGAUGACGAAAGUCCAUACAAAUCUUUAAGUGUAACUCCAGAUGACCACUUGUAUUUUAAUUACGGCCUGAAGGAUUAUGACUAUAAUCUACCAUUAAUGAAUCAAGACUUUGAACAAGGGAAUUCAGUAUUUCUUCCUGAACAAUUUUCAAUUCCUAAUCGUUCCACUUCGAUCAUAGGACCAGAAGUCAUUCAUCAUUUUCAUGUCUCUCUGGACGACACACAUCCAAAUUUGCCGUUGGAGAUCUUAAGAUAUGCUUUAGUGAACUGCCCAAACCUCCAAACGUUUUUGUCCGAGACAACUGGUGAAAUUAAUCUUAGAAUAUCACUCAAUGUCAAUUCUAAAAAGGGCAAUGACAUUGUAAAAAGUAUCCCAAACUCAAUAAAUGCGACAAAAUCACAUAUCAAUGUCAUCACCACUGAAAACAUAGUCCCAUCCAAAGAAAUGAUGUGCCUCUUUCAUCAAUACUUGCCUGCCGUAGAAAGACUAAUAUGUUUCCUGGACGAUUUGACUUUUCCACCUGCUGAAAGGUUUGAAAUGGACCUGACGGCAUUUAUGUAUUUAAAGUCAGUUCUGCUGGAUGUUCAAUUAUUUGGUGUUGACGACCAAAAUACCGCAUUUCUGGAAAUACAGUUCCCAGAUAAAGAUUGGGAAUAUUACCAUCUGUGGGGAAAUGAUAUGGAUCUGACGGUAACUAAAACUACUUUGGCACAUAUGUCUGAUCGGAUAAGUAAUAAAGAGUAUGGUGAUGUUCGAAAAGCUGUCAUCCAGUGUCGCAAGCAGGUCAAAUUCGAACUUUUCUCUAAUCGUUCAAGGAUGACAGAAAUUUAUAACGGAAAAAUCAGUAAGUUAGACGAAGAGCUUUAUAUGGAAUUAGGUUACAGUUUCUUAUUCUAACUCGCGUGUUCGUCUACAUUUCAUCAGAUCCUAAAUAAUUAUAUGUGGUUUCUA